UUGAGAUCAAUUGUAAUUUCACUUGUUUGCAAAAAUUCAAAUUUGAGAUGAGUAGUGAGACAAUAAUAAGAACAGCAAUUUUUCCUCGGAAACAAAUAGGUUUGCAAUAUUUUACUGAAUUUUCCCGCCAGUGUAAAGAUUUUCCUCCUAGUGUGAAGAGUAAAGAAGUACAACUCCAACAUUUAUUGUAAGGUUUCGCGGUAAAAUACUCUGGCAUUCCCUCAAUUUCUGUGGAUGAAACACUUCGAAGGCGUCGCAACAUCGACGACUUCAUGUCGACGAACAAAAAACGGAUGAAAUUAUCAAAAACCAGGCAAAACUCCGAAAUGAAAUUGAUAAAAGCCAUUGCAAUGUCACGUAUUCCAGGUACAAUUCGCGGGUUGAGACUCUCAGCAAAAAAUUUGAAGAACUGCAAAACAUCUAGUGAUGGAGCAAAGAGCCCCUGCGACAGCCAGUGCCCACCACCGUGUCCUUGUCCUCCAGAGGAGCCAUCCUGCUCACCACCACCACCACCCACUCCAAUUUGUCCAGUUACCCCCGAGCUCCAGUCUAAAAUAAAAUUCUGGAAAUAUGCUAGUUUAUUUGGAGCUGCACCUGGGGUUCUCAUUAUGAUUAUCGUAACGACGAUUAAUAUUAAUAAGGAGUCCGAGAACCCGAGACCUCCUUACAAACCCAUGGAAUACAUGUACAAGAGAAAUAAGCGUUUUCCAUGGGGUGAUGGCAACUAUACCCUCUUCCACAACCCAGAGCGCAACCCAGUUCCUCCCGACGGCUAUGAGGUGCCAGAUCCCGCCGAAUAAACGGCAAAAAGUUUCCACAACCAAUAACAAUUGUCAUGUACUCUCCAGAAAAUAAAGUAAAAAAAGUCUCCGACGACUUUUGCCUGUUAAAAAUAAUUGAUCAAAGAAUGAAGUGGGUGACGUACAAUCUGGAGUGAAUUUUCAAUAAUCUCUCAAUUAAAACUGAAUCGAUCAGACUGGGGCAAUUGAUUCCUCAUAUUAUUCAUCA